GCAAGGGGACAGCUGUGCCAGCCAGGCUCUGGCAGGCUCCUGAUAGCAUGGCAGCAAAGAUCGGGGCUCUUCUGCUGGUCCCUGUGCUCAUCCUGGCUCAGCCAGCCUCUACACACCGGAAGCUCCUGGUGUUUCUCUUGGAUGGUUUUCGUUCAGACUACAUCAGUGAUGAGGCUCUGGAAUCAUUGUCUGGUUUCAAAGAGAUUGUAAGCAGAGGAGUAAAAGUGGAUUACUUGACUCCAGACUUUCCUAGUCUCUCAUAUCCCAAUUACUACACCCUAAUGACUGGCCGCCAUUGUGAAGUCCAUCAGAUGAUUGGCAACUACAUGUGGGAUCCCACCACUAAUAAGUCAUUUGACAUCGGUGUCAACAGAGAUAGCCUGUUGCCUCUCUGGUGGAAUGGAUCAGAGCCUCUGUGGAUCACUCUGACCAAGGCCAAAAGGAAGGUCUACAUGUAUUACUGGCCAGGCUGUGAAGUUGAGAUUCUUGGUGUCAGACCUACUUAUUGCCUAGAAUAUAAAAAUGUCCCAACGGAUAUCAAUUUUGCCAAUGCAGUCAGCGAUGCUCUUGACUCACUCAAAAGUGGCCAGGCUGACCUUGCAGCCAUAUACCAUGAGCGCAUCGAUGUGGAAGGCCACCACUAUGGCCCUUCCUCACCUCAGAGAAAAGACGCCCUCAGAGCUGUGGACACUGUCCUGAAGUACAUGACACAGUGGAUCCAGGAACGUGGCCUGCAGGAUGACUUGAACGUCCUCAUUUUCUCAGAUCACGGAAUGACUGACAUUUUCUGGAUGGACAAAGUGAUUGAGCUGAACAAGUACAUCAGUCUGAGUGACCUGCAGCAAGCAAAGGACCGAGGGCCUGUCGUGAGCCUGUGGCCAGCCCCCGGGAAACAUGCUGAGAUUUAUAACAAAUUGAGCAGAGUGGAACACAUGACUGUCUACGAGAAAGAAGCCAUACCAAGCAGAUUCUAUUACAAGAAAGGGAAAUUUGUCUCUCCUUUGACUUUAGUGGCAGAUGAGGGGUGGUUCAUAUCAGAGAGUCGAGAGAUGCUUCCAUUUUGGAUGAAUACUACUGGCAAGAGAGAAGGCUGGCAGCGUGGAUGGCACGGAUAUGACAAUGAGCUCAUGGAUAUGAGGGGCAUCUUCCUGGCCUUUGGACCUGAUUUCAAAUCCAACUUCAGAGCAGCUCCAAUUAGAUCUGUGGAUGUCUACAACGUCAUGUGCAAUGUGGCAGGCAUCAUUCCACUGCCCAACAAUGGGUCCUGGUCCCGGGUGGUAUGCAUGCUGAGGGGCCAGGCCAGCUUGGCUCCCUCUGUUCAGAGGUACAGAUAUGCACUGGCCUUGAUUCUCCUCUUAAUGUUUGCAUAACCGAUCAUAUGUAUUGCCUGUCUCAAAACAUUGUCAGCAAAAUGUUCUUCCAAAGUGGAAUGAUUUUCAUUUUCUAUGUGAAUAAUAGCUUCAUUAACACAAUCAAGGCCAUAUAAUCUGUACAUAUAUUAUCCUUGGAUGAUUCUAUACCUAAAACUCCCUAAUUGUUUAAAAAAAACCACCCAAACUUUAUUUUUCCUGAAAAUAGGAAAAGCUUAGCUUUUCAUUCAUUCAACUAUCUGCAAUGCUCUCCUUUCUUUUCAUAUAACUGUGCCAGAUGAACUGUCUGAACAGUGGCCUGCCCGUACAGGAACCAAACUUCACAGGGAUAGUCUAUGGUCAUCCUUCUCUAUCUAACAUUACCCAAAGUAGCCCCUCAGACCAGGCCCUUAUCUGCCCUGUCCACACUCAAGAGCCAUCCAUAGCAGUCGGUGGUCACAAUCUUGUACUGUUACUUUCAUUCUGGAAGAGAGGUAUACAGGAAAGCAAUAGCUGCUGUCUGCUUCUACCCUGCUUGUGGAGUUUUUGCAUCUUAUCAAAGUCCCAAGGAUCACCAAUCAACCAACUAAAAAUCACUAAGGAUAAGAGAACUCAUAGAACAAAGUAGAAGACAUUGGUCUCCCUUGCCUUGAAAGUAGAAAAGCUAAGAAUGGAUAUGGGUCUCUGUGAGACUUAUUAUACACAGCAUAUCAUGGUACAAAGCCUACAAACAAUAGGCCUUGAACGUUAUUAAUAAAAUGAUAGUCAGAAUGCCUACCUGGCUGCCUAUAUGGAGGCUUCCUUAGACAUUGCCACUCUGGCUCCAGAUUUGGAGUGUAGACCACAGUAACACCUGGCAUGUCAAUACAGGCUGGAGAACAUAUGGAUAUCUUAGCAAUGAGGAUAUGAACAUAAUGCAGAAAUACUAGUUCAUUGCUUGGACAGAUAACAUAUUAAACAUAAGUUUUAUGGAUCAGCAGUCAUGAAUCAGUGCUUACCUAACAGCCCUGAAGGGAAUCCUUGAAAGACAUAGAAUUCCAUAGAAAAUGGUGCAGGAGGGGAGGCAGGGAAUGGAGACAGUGUGACAGAACCAAAUCCCACUGACAGAACCCAACUCACCAUUGGACUAGGAAACAAAUCCCAAAGUGGGGGUCCGUGUGGCACUCAGACCUCCAAGAAGAGUCACUGAGCCUGAGUUGAUACAGUUCUAGUUUAGUUGCCUAAGUUUUCUAUAGGAGAUCUUGUAAAACAAAGUUUUUAAAUGAUUAGAGUCUUACCUAUGUACACACAGUCCCUGACAUAUGAUUGUUUAACUUACGAUUUGAUUUCAUGAUGGUGCAAAAGCAAUGCCCAUUCAGUAGAAAUAAUCCUUUCAAUUCUGAACUUGUAUCUUUUCUCAGGCCAGACAUACAUAGUUUGUCACUGUCUCUGUGCCCCAGAAAGCUACACAAUCACAGAGGGACAACUAAUACAGUAUCCUGUGUGGCUAUGUGAUAAGGUUUAAUAGGUUUGGUAUAUUAAGUGCAUUUUCCAGUUAAUGAUAUUUUCAACUUAUAAGGGGUUUAUUGAGCUUAUGUAACCCCCUCAUAAGUCAUGGAGCAUCUGUAUAUAAAUCUUAUUAUUGCAUUCAAAAUGACCCUACAUGGAAUGAGGCCCAUCUGUAAAUAACACUUUGUCAGGAAAAGAGAACACAUGAGAUCCCUGCAGGAUUAGGAAGCCUUUACAUGGUAUUCUCCUUGAAAAGUAAGUAUCAACAUUCACCCUAACUCAGAAAGGCUGGGAGCCAUCUCCAUGCCAUGAAUCAUGAGACCAAAGGAUCAUUGCUUAAAAAAUAUUGAAUUUAUCUUCACAAAAGAUUUCUAAGGAUUUAUGUAAUAUGUUUUUAAAGCUCUAAUAAACAUCAAAUCAAUUGGACAGGAGGCAAAUCAGCCUUUGUUGUGUGGUUGAAAACAAAUUAGUACUUUCAGAACAUUGGCACUGGUUUUUGAAACAGACAUCUAUUGUUCAAAGUUUUCUUUCCCCUUAAAGGACAUGUUUUGUUGAAUUAAGUGGAGCCCACUUCCUCCUUUAUAAAGGAAGGAUCUCUAAGACAUAGCUAAGCAAUUAAAUUAAAAGUGGAUCAUCAAAAUCAAGAGGGGAUAAACACAUAUAUGGUCAAGUUAUAUAACAAAAUUUCAGAUAUUUGUCUGACAAAGUAUAAUUUUUCAGUAAGCAGUGUUAAGUAAGCAAAUAAGAAUAAGAUUCCAACAGAAUCAUGAAUACUGGUAGAAAAAUUCAGUCUCUGAAUGGAAAAAACCCUUUUUGCCUAAAAUAAUGCAUAUAUUUCAAUGGCUUAAUUGAUUAAAGUUUGUUGCCUUUAAUUUUUGUUUUACAGUUGCAUUAUUUCCCUAGGAAAAUUGCAUGUUGCCUAAAUGUGUUUUGUUCCACAGCAGUAAAAUCUGCCAGGAAUAUAUAUAGGUACCUUUCUCCUGUAUUAUUUUAUAACAUCACUGCUAAUUCCAGGAGGAAGAUAAUUGGGUGGACUUAUAAUAAGAAAUGGAAAGAAUGAUCCUUAAGUUAAAGAUGAAUUGAAGUCUACUCUUCCUGCCCAUGGAGCCUAAUUUCCCGAAUCUAAUUCAAAUAAAUUCUGUAAACUAGAACAUGCUAAGGACUUUUUUCUAACCCAGAAGUGUCCUGCAUUUUAAAACCCAAGCUCUCUUUACUUUUAAAAGGAUCUUAGAAAUCCAUAUCAGACCUGAAUUCAAUUGUAGACAGUACAUUGCAAACUUUCUGGGCUUUUAAGUAUUGUCAGACCUGCCUCCAGAGUUGCAGAUUCACAGGAUCUGUGGGAGGGCCUCAGACAACCCCUUUAAGUCACAUUGAACUAAGCUUUAGGUUUGCUUUAAGGAGAGGUGGGCUCUGACUUGAUUUGGGAAACCUAAGUCCCUGCACUCUAAACAGUCAGCAUCUCCACGGGCCACAGGGCUGACAUUGGCUGUGGACCCCACUGGGCUAGGCUUCCAGCCUUCAAAGCUAAAGCAGACCUGUAAGUCCCGCUGGUGGAUGGAGCAACAAGGAAAGACCAGUAUGGCUUAUCCACAGGCGAUACCUUGUGGCUUUAAGAUUCUCAAAGGUGCUAUCAAUCAAACUUAGACAUUUGUUCAAGACACACAGCUAGUUUUGAAAUUUGUAAUACAGUGUUUGAAUUUAUAUAAAUAUCAAGAGAUUUUCAAGUGUGAUUGAAUAUUUUAUCUUUUUAAGCAAUUUUUAAUAGAUAAAAGUCAGCUACUGUAAACUACUUGCUAGAAGAAAAGGAGAAGGUGACUUUGACAGAUUGGUUAUAAAACAUUUGAAACUUGGUCUCAGGUAUAUACUAUGGAAUUAUAUGUUGCUUUGAAAUCAUAAAAGAGCACCUAAUACAGUGCCUUAAAUGUUUAAUAAAUGUCCCAUAAAUGUGUGUGGAAAGAA